AUGAAGCAGCUCGUAUCUCAAGAUGCGCCCAAAAAGAUCAAGCACAUCCAGUUCGGUGUGCUGUCCAAGCAGGACAUCGUCAACAUGUCCGAGAUCGAAGUCACCACACGAGAUCUCUACACCAUCGGCGAAUCAGAGCGCAAACCCGCAGCAAACGGUACUCUAGAUCGACGGCUAGGUAUAUCAGAUAAGAACUCCCUUUGCGAAACAUGCCACCUCAAGAUGGCAGAUUGUGUCGGCCACUACGGCUAUAUAAAGCUCGUCCUUCCCGUCUUCCACGUCGGCUUCUUCAAGCACACGGUCGCCAUUCUACAGAGCAUCUGCAAGAACUGCGCAACAGUUCUGCUCGAAGAGCCAGAUCGUCGAAAGUUCUUGAAGCGAUUUCGUCGUCCAAAUCUCGAGAACCUCGAUCGUACAAGGACCUUUAAAGCUGUCAACACCAUCGCGCGCAAAGUCUUGUAUUGUCCCAAGUGCGGCUACACCAAUGGCACCGUCAAGAAGCAAGGUCAGCUCAAGAUCGUGCACGAGAAGUUCCGCGCAAAGAAGACCGCAGCAGAGCACGACGAGUUCAAGGCAUCCUUCUCGACAAACGUCAAGAUGGGCAACGGUGACAUCACACCACAUCUCAACAAAGCGCAAGAAGAUCUCAACCCGCUCAAGGCGCUCGAUCUCUUCAAACGAAUCUCGGACGAGGACUGCGAGCUGCUGGGCUUGCGGCCGGAGUUCGGUCGUCCUGAAGAAUACAUUUGGCAGUACAUCUGUGUGCCGCCAGUCUGCAUCCGUCCCUCCGUGGCGCAAGAUGGCGCCACCAACGAAGAUGACGUUACCAUCAAGCUCACGGAGAUCAUCUUCACAAACAGCCUGCUCAAGCUAGGGCUUGUCAAGGGCGGCAAAGGAACUACCACGAGCCAGCUUGUGCAGCAGUGGGAGUUUCUGCAGUUGACCGUUGCUCUCUACAUCAACUCAGAGCUGCCAGGCGUGCCUACACAACCAGGCCAGAAACCAAGUCGCGGCUUCUGUCAGCGUCUCAAGGGCAAGCAAGGUCGUUUUCGUGGCAACUUGUCCGGCAAGCGUGUUGACUUCUCCGGUCGAACCGUCAUUGGCCCCGAUCCGAACCUCAAGAUCGACGAAGUCGCCGUACCUCAGAGAGUGGCCAAGAUUCUCACAUACCCCGAGCGCGUCUUCGAGCACAACAUCGAACAGUUGCGGCAGGCCGUUCGCAACGGCACAGACGUGCAUCCCGGUGCCAACUAUCUCAUGGACGGAAAGACGGGCUUCAAACGUUUCCUCAAGUUUCCAGGCAUGCGCGAGGAGCUCGCGCAGAAGCUGCGCGUCGGCGACAUUGUAGAACGACACAUCCGCGACGGCGAUAUCGUGCUCUUCAACCGACAACCCUCGCUCCACAAGCUCUCGAUCAUGUCGCACCGAGCCAAGAUUCGACCAUGGCGCACUUUCCGCCUCAACGAAUGUGCCUGCAACCCGUACAAUGCCGACUUUGACGGAGAUGAGAUGAACAUGCACGUUCCUCAGACUGAGGAGGCCAGGACGGAAGCCACCAUCCUCAUGGGUGUCAAGCACAACUUGGUUACACCACGAAACGGAGAGCCUAUCAUCGCCGCCAUCCAAGACUUCAUCACCGCCUCCUACCUCAUUUCGAAACGAGACCGAUUCUUCGACCGAGCGCAGUUCUCCCAGAUUUGCAGUUACUUCGCGGAUGCGGACCUGCACAUCGAUCUCCCGCCGCCGGCCAUCAUGAAGCCCGUCCGCCUCUGGACAGGCAAGCAAGUCAUGUCGUGCCUCAUCCGACCCAACCGCAAGAGCCCACAUCUCGUCAACCUCGAAGCACAGUGCCGAACUUUCGAGAAGCCGACGGGCGGCCAUCCCAAGGACAUGUCGCCUAACGACGGCUGGCUCGUCAUCGUCAACAGCGAGGUCAUGUGUGGUGUGUUCGACAAGUCCACCGUGGGUGACGGCAAGAAGAACUCCGUAUUCGGAGUCAUGCUGCGAGACUACGGCCCAGACGCAGCCAUCACAGCCAUGAACCGACUCGCAAAGACGUGCGCUCGCUGGCUCGCCAACCAGGGCUUCUCUCUCGGCAUCAGCGACGUCAUUCCUGGCCCGCGCCUGCGCAAGGACAAGGACGCCAAGGUCGAAGCCGCCUACGCCGAGUGUCUCGACCUGAUUGAGAAGGCCAAGCACGGAAAGCUCGAAAAUCUGCCCGGUUGCGACCAGGAGCAGACGCUCGAGAACAUGAUCUCCGGUGUGCUCUCCGGCGUUCGUAGCGACGUCGGUGAGAUCUGCAUGACCGAACUCAGCCGACACAACGCGCCCUUGGUCAUGGCUGUCUGCGGUUCCAAGGGAUCCAAGAUCAAUGUGGCGCAGAUGGUCGCCUGUGUCGGCCAGCAGAUCAUCGGCGGAUCGCGUGUACCCAACGGCUUCCAGGACCGAUCGCUGCCACACUUCCCCAAGAAGUCCAAAGAUCCACCGUCCAAGGGUUUCGUGCGCAACUCCUUCUUCAGCGGAUUGACGCCGACUGAGUUCCUCUUCCACGCCAUCUCGGGCCGUGAAGGUCUCGUCGACACGGCCGUCAAGACUGCCGAGACAGGCUACAUGCAGCGUCGUCUCAUGAAGGCGCUCGAGGAUCUGUCCACGCAUUACGAUCUCAGUGUCCGCAACUCGGUUGGUGGUGUCGUGCAGUUCAUCUACGGAGACGACGGCCUGGACCCAGCAGAGCUCGAGGGCAACGCUAUGCCCAUCGAACCAUUCCGACUGUGGCGUCACUGCUUGGCGAUCACGCAGCACGUCCCAGGCCGCGGUCUCUACCCUUACGAGAUCAUGGAGCUGGUCAAGCGCGAGCUCCACAGCGAUCGUUUCGUCAACACGUGCACGCAAAAGUACCUCGAUUCGGUGUACGAGUUCAUACACGACAACGUCUUCAGCAAAGCGGUGCGCAUUCGCCAAGCGUUUGGCAUGUACGGCGCGGAAGAGCGCGAGGAGCACUGGGACGAGCACACGGAUCUCUCGAUCGGCGCCGACCGCGCCGCGCGUGCGAUCGUCAACAACAAGACCAAGAUCAAGGAGGCGGCGAUCCUCGAGUUCCUCAACCUGUGCUACAUCAAGUACAUGAAGGCCAAGAUCGAGCCGGGUUCUGCAGUCGGCGCUGUUGGUGCCCAGUCGAUCGGCGAGCCGGGCACGCAGAUGACGCUCAAGACGUUCCACUUUGCCGGUGUCGCGUCGAUGAAUGUCACGCUCGGUGUGCCGCGUAUCAAGGAGAUCAUCAAUGCGGCCAAAUCGAUCAACACGCCCAUCAUUGAGGCGAAGCUCGUGUCCGAAAAGUCGGAGCACGCAGCGCGAAUUGUCAAGGGCCGCAUCGAGAAGACGUACCUCGGUGAUAUUGCGUCGGUGAUCGAGGAGGCAUGGGCGGCGCAGUACACGUACUUGGGUGUGCACAUCGACAUGGAGGCGAUCCAGAAGCUGCAGCUCGAGAUCACGCUGAACGAUAUCAAGUGGGCCAUUGUCAAUGCGCCCAAGCUCAAGAUCAAGGAGGAGCGCGUCAUGGUGGUGCCCAAGAAGAACCGCAUCCGCAUCUACGUGCCUCCCGAGGGGCCCGACAAGGAGAGCGAUGUGUACUACAACCUCAAGGCGCUCAAGCGAGCUUUGCCGUCUAUUGUCGUCAAGGGCAUCCCGCAGGCGACUCGCGCAGUCAUUUCGGACGACAAGGGCACGCGCAAGCUCCUCGUCGAAGGUUACGGCCUGCUCAAGGUCAUGACCACCGAAGGCGUCAUUGGCACGCAAACGCACACCAACCACGUCAUGGAGAUGCAGACGGUGCUCGGCAUCGAAGCCGCCCGAACAUCGGUCUAUCGCGAGAUCGAAACGACCAUGUCGGCGCACGGCAUGAGCAUCGACCCGCGCCACAUCAUGCUGCUGGCCGACACCAUGACGUACAAAGGCGAGGUGCUGGGCAUCACGCGCUUCGGUGUUGCCAAGAUGAAGGACAGCGUGCUGAUGCUGGCGAGUUUCGAGAAGACGACGGAUCACCUGUUCGAUGCUGCGCUGUUCGGAAAGAAGGACGAGGUGCUGGGUGUUAGUGAGAGUAUCAUCAUGGGCAACCCGGCGCAGACGGUGGGCACGGGCAUGCCGGCGUUGGUGGUGCCCGCGCCGCAGCUGCCGCCUAGAAGGGCGCUUCUGUUCGAUCGUUGA